AUGACAAAAGAUCAAGGAACCGGUUACGGCACGUUGCAAACCGCAGGGCAGCAAAAUGCCACCACGGCCGGGUCGUCACCGUCGUCUUCAACAGACGGCCGGGCUGCUGGCCGAGGCCAUGAUGAUGGCGAAGUCGGCGCUCGCGGUGCAGGAGAUGCGCCAGAGUCGAGCCAACCGCGCGAUGGAGAGGAGGUGUUGGCGAAGCUGAAGGAUUUCUACACGCGCAACCUGGGGUUGUUGUUUGUGUUUCUGGCACAGGGGUGCGGUGCAUGUAUGAGCGUAGCCGCCAAGCUCCUGAUCAACGACGCCUCGGCGUCCUUCAACGCGCUGCACGUCAUCUUUGUGCGCAUGCUCGCCACCGCCAUCCUGGGCCUGCUGUACAUGUGGUGCAAGAGCGUCCCGGACGCUCCGUUCGGCGACAGGUCCGUCAGGGGCCUGCUGCUGCUCCGCGGCGCGAGCGGCUUCUCGGGCCUGCUGGGCCUGUACUACUCGCUCUCGUACCUGCCGCUGUCGGACGCGACGUUUAUUUCCUUCAUCAUCCCGACCAUCACGGCCAUUGUGUGUUUUGUGUUUUUGAAGGAACCCAUGACCAAGCACGAGACUUUUGCGGGCGUUCUGGCCUUUACGGGUGUGUUGCUCAUUGCGCGCCCGUCUUUUUUGUUUGGCAGCACCAACAGCAGCAGCAGCAGCAGCAGCAUCAGCCCGAACCUCGACCAGGCGGCAUUGCUCAUCUCCCGAGAUCACACCCCGUCGCCGCCGCUGCCGCCCGCGGCAGUCUCGGCGACGCAGCGGACGCUGGCCAUCAUGGGCGGCGUCGGCGGGUGCUUCUGCGCCGCCACGUCGUACGCCACGAUCCGCGUCAUCGGCAAGCGCGCCCACUCGCUCGUCAGCGUAAACUACUUUGCCAUGGUGGCGACCGUCGGGUCGGCCGUCGCCAUCCUGCUGCAUCCGGAUCUGGAGUUUGUGUUUCCUGACCGGCCUCGGCAUUGGCUCUUGUUUCUUCUGAUUGGAGUCGCUGGAUUUCUGCUGCAGUUCCUGCUCACCGAGGGGCUGCAGAGGGAAAAGGCAGGGCGUGCGACGAACCUCAUAUACACCCAGAUCGUGUUUGUGCUCGUGACGGAGCGUAUAAUCUGGGGCACGGUGCCUUCCUCGUUGAGCCUCGUCGGCGGCCUCCUAAUCAUAGUCGCUGGCGUCUGGACCACGCUGCAGAAGCAGAACGCGACGACGGGAAGUGCGGCGAAUGUUGCCAACGCCAGGUCCAGCACGGCAGAGCCCGACGAAGAGACUGGGCUGCUGGGCUCGAGUUCGGCGGGCUUGGAUCGGAGGACAUGA